AGUGCCCGUAUGUGCGGUUUAUCCCCACUGGUAGUGCGGCGGUGUUGUGUUCGUGCUCAAGCGGCUCUGGUGAAGAUGUCAGUUGUAAGGGAGCACCGCGAGACCGGCUAAAACUCAGCGGUCUAAAGCCGAACUGAACUGGACCGAACCGGCUCUGUAGCACCAGUCCGGCGACAGCACGACAAAUUAGGAGGACAGUCUCCGCUACCUGGAGGGAGUCUCUCCAGCCCGGCUGUGUGAGUGAGGGUUAGCGCCGCUCCGCGGUUAGCUCCCCCUGCGGUGCCCAGCUGCUCCGCUGUAUGUGCCGGCGGCUGGCUGCCGGUUGACGCGGGCUGUCGGAUAGCGGAGCGGGUAUGUUAUCCGUACUCUCCUACGGACGGAUCGUGGCCAGGGCCGUCUUGGGCGGACUCUCUCAGACAGAUGGCCGCGAUUACAGCCUGGUCACGGCCAGCUGCGGCUUCGGCAAAGACUUUCGGAAGGGCAUCCUGAAGAAAGGCAUGUGCUACGGGGAUGACGCCUGCUUCAUCGCCCGCCACCGGUCAGCGGAUGUGCUGGGUGUGGCAGACGGCGUGGGUGGAUGGAGGGAUUACGGUGUGGAUCCGUCUCAGUUCUCGGCUACUCUGAUGCGAACGUGCGAACGUCUGGUGAAGGAGGGCCGCUUCACCCCCACCAGCCCGGUGGGCAUCCUCACCUCGGCCUACUACGAGCUUCUACAGAACAAAGUGCCCCUACUGGGAAGCAGUACGGCCUGUAUUGUGGUGCUGGACCGGAGGAGUCAUCGGAUACACACGUGUAACCUUGGCGACUCUGGUUUCUUGGUGGUCCGGGGUGGAGAGGUGGUCCACCGGUCAGAUGAACAGCAGCACUACUUUAACACACCGUUCCAGCUGUCAAUUGCUCCACCUGGGGCUGAGGGAGUGGUGCUGAGUGACAGCCCUGAUGUGGCAGACAGGUCUUCAUUUGAUGUCCAGCUUGGCGACAUCAUUCUCACCGCCACAGAUGGCCUCUUUGACAACAUGCCAGACUACAUGAUCCUGCAGGAGCUCAAAAAACUCAAGAACACCAACUAUGACAGCAUCCAGCAGACGGCCCGCAGCAUUGCAGAGCAGGCGCACGAGCUGGCCUAUGACCCAAACUACAUGUCUCCUUUCGCCCAGUUCGCCUGCGACAAUGGCCUGAACGUGAGAGGGGGAAAGCCUGAUGACAUCACGGUGCUGCUGUCCAUAGUGGCAGAAUACACGGACUGAGAGCGCUCACUGGAGGUUGUCGUCUUUCAUCCUUGUGUCUUCCGCGUCUGCCCCCUCAUCCGUCAUUCUCUCACGGCACUCUGCUUCCUGUCUUUUGGAACCGUCUCUCCCCUCCCUCUUCCUUUUUUUCUGUUUUCCGAGUAGCUCUCCAACGAGUCAGAGGAAGAGAACAGCAUGGACUGGUCGGCGUGGGCGUACGAAGGAUUCUAUAGGAGGCUAUUUGUGGUCAUUUUACGACCUCAAUCAUGCCCAAGAGAAUUAUGGGAGCAUGAGUCAUCCAGUCAUCCUACGUCUCUGUUAUAUGUGAUUAAGUUGUAGGUUUGGGAGCGUUCCUGCUUUCGGAGCAGCGAGGGCCAUGCAUUAUCUAAAGGUGCUUCUAAAUGAGGUUGCUAUUUUUAUGGGAAAUUGUAGAAGGGGGUGUUGUUUUUACUUUUUGCCCCUUUGUAGCUGGGAGAAAUGUAAAGUGAAAUCUGUUAGCCCUUUUCAUGUGUGUUUGUCCGAGUGAGUGUGGUCGAGUUAGUAUUCUCUCCAAAUUGUGGGGCUGCAUGAUAUGGACAGCGUAUUAGUAUUGCAGUUGUGUUGCUUCAUAUUCCAACUGCGAUACAUCUUGCAAUAUAUUGAAAACACCAAUAGUCUGACAUUUGUUAAAGAUUGGCCUGCGUUAGUUUGACUAAAAUAAUUUACAUGAAUGCUUGGAUUCAUCAGAACAUUAACAAAAACUCAUCUGGAGCUGUGAUUGGUCAGCAUGCACACUAGUUAAAGGGCUCAUGUGCAUACUGAUGCCUUCUGUGAUAUCAGUAAAGUAAAGGCUAGUAUAGCAACAAUGAUGAACAGACAAUAUAUUGUGCAGCCUUGCACUCUUAAAAUGAAAGGUUCCUAAAUGGUUCUAUAAAACAUUUUUAAUCUCUAGAACCUUUUGGAGCAUCGCUCCAGAAAACCCUUAUUUUUAAGAGUACUGUAUUGGCUAUAGCGAUCUGUCCUAUAUGUGUGAGCUGUGGCAGUCCAGCAUUCUGCCAGCUUAGCAGUGGUUUAGUUUGUAAGCCAAUGGCAGGUUAAUGUGCAGAGGGUUGGGUUGUUUAGUGUCACUGGGCUUGGCAAGUGCUUUUGGAGUUAGCCUACUGACCCUGUCGUCUUUUGGCUUAACCCUUAGAAGUCAGAUAUUGCCUAAGAUAAGGAAAGCAUGUUGUGGGGAAUUCCAUCUUUCUGUGUAAUUUGUUUGUUGACAUGUAAACAAAGUCAUUCAGACUUGUUCAAUGUGAAAUAUCUCAUUGUAGAGAAACCUCUUUUACAGUGGUGGUGAUAGCAACUAUAGUUUCUCUAGAACAAAGCAUUUCACACCAAACCACUCUGAAUGACUCUGUUUACAUCUUAUUCAAUUAAAAUAAAAAAAAAUGGUGGAAUUCCCCUUUAAUUGCUCAUUGCAUUUUCCACAGUUUCUCUACUUUUUUCAGAUUCUAAGCUUGCAGUCCAAACCAUGUUUCUUUUGUAAACAGAGGAGAGUCGAAUUUGAUGUUAUUAUUUUGCAGAAGGAAAAAAUGUUCUUUACUUUUUUUUGCCAUGUUCAGACUCAAACCUGUUGAUACAGUAUGUGAACCAAAUGGUAAUGUAAUUAAUUACAUAAAUAAUUAUGUAAUUACGGUGUGCAAUUUUUAAACAGCAUUGCAAAACGACAAUUAUUCUCUCCUUCUAAGGGUUAAGUGGCCUGUUGUCUCCAUGGUAACACUCAAGGAGGAUGCAGCUAGUGGAACGCUGUGUUGAAGGGCAGGCUAAGGUGAAAAACUUGUUUUGGUCAUUUGAGAUGUCUGUGUAGCUGUGAGAAAGAAGCAGACUGUAAGCUGACACUGCACAGACAUCACAGCAGGCAGAGUGGCCCUUGUGAGAGAGACACAUGGAGGAUUUAGGGAUGGGCUUUCGAGUGAAAUAGCAGCCAUAACGGUUAGAACUGUGUAACGUGUUGUUACUUUUUGGAGAAAUAGCGGUUGAUAACUAGAUAAUGAGAUUGAGUGAGUUUUUUAUUGAAGUUUCAUGUAAUUCAAAUAGGCUGGGACUAGAAUGUUAAAGGAGUACUCUAUUGUUUUUCAACCCAAUCUCUGUUUGCUGCAUCUGUAGCAUAGAGUCCAUUACCACAGACAAUAACCUCAAUGUGUUUUCCUGUAUUUAGAAAAGAACAGGAACCAUACUGACUCAAAUCGCACUUAUGAUAGAAGCCAGUGAGCCGAUGCUUCUAUAAUAAGUAUAUUUUGUUUGUGUAUUUUCAGUUCCUUUAGUACGUACAGACAGACAUGUAUGUGGUAAUUGACCUCAUGCUAUGCAUGCAGAUAGAGAUUAGGUUAAAAAUUGAUUCCUUUAAUUAAAUUAAGCAUGUAUAUGUGUCUGUACCGCAUACUGUCCAAGAUUUAAAGCUGAUGGACUGUAGUGACUGUCCCCAAGAGCUGUGUUGAAUGCGUGUCCUGUCUCCAUUUGUAUAACUUCUGCUCCCCCACCAGUUGAGCCAAGAAGUCAGCUGUAUGCGCACAAAUACAUCCGGAGAAGCUUUUAAAUGAAAUCGCUAGGUCAGGUAUAAAAAGAAAAUGUUUUAUUUUUAUAAACUCAUAGUUUUUAGCAGACUCGGAAGUGAAAGUAGAGGUAAAUGUGGAGGUAUGUUAGUGUGUUCUCUUGAUCUUCAUGACUAAAUUGUUUUUAAAAAAAAAAAAGUUUAGUUUUUUGGGAUUUUCUUGUUUUAUUUUUUUCCCUAAUCUUUUCCGUUUGUGUAAAACUUUUUUCUUUUCUUAAACUUUUUUCUAGAUUUGUUCUAGAGACCGUUUCUCACAUGCUGCUUUUAUUUUGUAAAUUGUGUGUGCGCAUGUGAGUACAUUUAUUUAUAUGAAUGUACUUUAUCUGUACAAUAAGUUGCGAGGGGUGGAGGGGGGUGGAUGUCUUUGUCCAAAAAAGCAGAAGAAAAACAAACACAUUCUGAUCUCUCCUGCUGUUAAACCAGAACAGGACAAAAAAAACUGUUGAACCAAAGACAUGAGCCCCCCAGUAUUUUUGUAAUUAUUAUUAUUGUGGUUUUUAUGGUCUUAUUUUGUUCAUUUUGGGUCUGAUUGGAAAAAAAUUUUAAGCAAUACGUGAUACGGUAAUGUACAACCCUUCUGUCUGAAUGAUUUUUCUAUUCAUUUUCAACUGUAUAGCAGAUUUCCGAAUGUGAACGUCCUCUAAGGUUUUAAAGUAGACUGAUGAUGAUGUGUAUGCUGUAAAAUGGAUGUUUCAGUUAUUUAAUGUUUGCUUGUGAACACCUGGGAUAUUCAAAACACUGGUAAUGGUACACACUGAGGUUUUGGAUCACUGUUGUGGGAGUGACUGUGACUUUUUUUUCUCAUAUUUCAGCAUAGCUUGAACCAACAGUCACCUGAAUAAAGACCCAUUGUUUAUAAUGGGGAAAUGAUUUGUUAUGGUGCAGGAAAGUUACCCAAGCGUAAAAAAGUACUAAGAAUCAUAUGUGUACCUUAAUAAUGUGUGUACCUUUUUUUGCAUAGAUCUGAACACUGAGAUUUUGAAAUGUGCAUGAUUCAAACAUGUCAGACAGUUUGUACUUGAAUAAAAUCUAUUACAUCAACACAAUUCUUGCCACAGUAAGUAAGCAAAGACAUCAGUUAUAUUGAUGUGCAACAUAAUUGUAUUUGUGUACAACCACUUGGCACUUUUGAAUCAUGCAAAUUCAGAUGUUUUUCAGUAGAGUCUGUUUCCUGGACGGGCUCUUUGGCUGAGUUUUCAAUUGACACCUCAGUGGUAAUUAUCCACUAUAAAGUCCCUUCAGUCUUUUUUUUAGGCUUAAGCCUAGUCUGAAAAAAUGACCAUAUGUCUUUGAAAAUCCCAGUGUGUGGCUAUAAACAUAUGCACUAUGCUGCAGAUGGAAACCUGGGUUUGUAUGGAAGGUGUGCAGGCAGAUGUAUCCUUUAAAAUUGUGCCUCGAACAAAUCUAGACCAAGGAGAUUUUACAAAACUGGGUUUCUUGGCUAGCCCGAUAAGCCAGUCCAGUAGGAGAAAAGAUAAGGCCCAUUUCUGUUAUAGUCCUCACUUUGGGCUUAAUUUUCCCAGAAUUCUUGCUUUGUGUAAUAUCCCUGAGUAUUUAAGUGUGAAGGUAUUUCACAAAGCAGGAUUUCUCAGUUAACCAGAUAACAUAAGCCCAACUGUCUAAUAGUGGGAGAGCUAAAUGACGUUCAUAUUGGACCAUUCUCAUUUUGGUUUAAAGGAAUAAUCCAGCCAUGUUCAACUUAAUCUCUACUCUAAUUUCUUCCUUUUGAAAGGAAAUUCCACUAAUUCUUUUUUUUCUUUAUUUUAGUGUGAAAUGGUUCAGAUUUCUCUACAGUGGUGGUGAUAGGAACCAGGGGUCACCAUGACUGCACAGAUAUAGACAUUUUAUUUACUAUCCAAAACCACCAGUGAACCUACACGUGUUUUCUGAGUUUUUAUGCAGAAUGUUGAUGAUAGUAAAAUAGUCCAAAAUUUUAAAAUCAUGAAUUCUUUGGGGGCUGUUUUGCCUCCCAACACUCUGCAUGUAUCUAUCCACCGUUAAGGGCUUUUAAAAAGAUUUUCAUAUAGUCUCAGGCAUCAGGCAGUGUAUUAUAACCAUUUCAUAUAAUAACUUUGUUGUAGCCUACCCGGGUCUAUUAUUUGUAUUGUUAAGGAGGGUAAAAUAGUGGUAAAUCUGAUGAAAUACAUUUUCUUUAGGGACUGUUUUGCCUUAUAACACCCUGCAUGUACUUCUCCACCAUGAAUGUAUUUUUAAAAGUAUGUUUUAGGCCAAAAUCUUAUAAAACAGUGUCUCACCAUGUAGUGUAGCUUUCUGUGAGGGAGCUUUAAGAGGCAAUAAACACUUCAGACAUCUGGUUCCUAUCACCACCACUGUAAACAGUUUUGACCCUGCAAGUUCCUGUAGAAUGAAGCUGUUCACAUCAAUCAGCUCUGAAUGAUUUAAUCAUUUAAUUAAGCAGAAAAUGAGCAGAAAUUAGAGUAGAGUUCCACUUUAGCUGUAGCAUAAGCUAAAGCAACUGCCUAUUGACUUCUAUUACAAGUGAGUUUCAAGUACAAGGUGCUGCAACACAUUUAUUGUUUGUGGUAAUGAACUGUAUGCUACAGAUGCAGCAGAUAGAGAUUUGUUAAAAAUGCUACUGUAGUUCUUUAAGUUGUCUGGGGUGGCUGAGAAAUCCAGCUUUGGACUGUCGGUCAGAAUGAUCCUAGAUCAGCAGAAACUCCGCUGACGCUGUGGUCUCUCAUCCAUACCUGUUUAAUCCAUAUUUCUAAAUGAUCAUGGUUGCACCAGAGCUGGUUUAUGAGGAGUCUGGCCACUUCCUAUUUCCCCCGUUAUAUUAAAAACAGGACUGCAAAACAGCAGAGGGCGUCCAUGAGCGAGUCCUCAAUGAAUAGGAGUAAAUGGAGCUAAAAAUGAAAAGUUAGAGUAGUUUCUAAUAACUUGCCCAGAAUUUUUUCUUUAAUUUUAGAAAGUAUAAGGAUAUAUUUCACAAAAAGCAAAGAAAACUUACCUAUGUGUUUCCUUUUUUCUACAGUAAACGGGUUUUGGGCAGCAGGGCUCUAGCGUUACUGCUACUGAGUGCUGAUUGGUUGACCCAUUCAUUUUGGACUCGCUCGAGAGCGCCCUCUAGCGUUUAAGAAACCCGGAAUACAUUACAGAGUGGUUAUUCUCCUCUCUACAAGUUCUCUGGUUGCACUCUUCAAGCCAUAGAGCGAUUUCAGCUUCAGUCGGUGAAGAAAACCAAAGUAGAAAAGCCAUAUUUACCAGCACAACCAAGGCAUCCAUUCAUCCUUCUCUUGCUGUCCUUCAUAGAGUCUCUGACUGAAUCAGUGUGUGAUUGUUUUUAACACUUAUACUGUAUAUUUGAGGGGAAAAAAAUCAGAAAUGUUCUAUAGUUACCAAGGCAACAAACUGUGUAUAUGACAAUAAGAUAAACAAAUGUAUGUGUGUGGGCGGGGCCUAAAUGCAAAGAUUAAUGCGUAGCUGCUGCUUUUGAUCAGUGUGUUGGGUGUCGCUGCAUGAUAUGUGGGUGUGUGGCUGUUUGGCUCAUCACAUAGACGCUACUUCAGUCUGCUCCAGUUCUGUUCUGUUUGUCAUUUUUCAUUUACUAUAAAUCAGUUUGAUCAGGCAGUAGGGCUGCACAAUAUGGACAGAAUGCUAAUAUUGCGAUUAUAUUGCUAUAUAUUGCAAUACGCCUUAUUCAAAACUUUCAUCAGUAAAGUGACUAAGGCUGGGUAUCGGUUAAAAAUGUCGAUAGCGAUUCCUGAGCGAGAGGUUUUUGAUAUUUUCUUAUAUUACAAAAUGAGUGUGGGUGUGGCUUAAAGUAGAAAUGAGUGCUGGUGUAUUUACUGCCUGCAGCGGAUUAUAGACUAAUCAUAAGCACUGAUGUUAAAGGGGAAAUCCACCGAUUUUUCAAAAUUCCUUCAUAAUUCGGUUGAGAUGGGAACAGAGUGACUGAGAGUGGUUUGGUGUAAAAUGGUUCAGGUUUCUGUACAGUGGUGGUGAUAGGAACCAGGGGUCACCAUGACUACAACACAAAUAUAGACAUUUUAUUUACCAUCCAAAACCACCAGUGAACCUACACGUGUCUUCUGAGCUUUAUGUGGAACUUUUAAGAAUGGUAAAAUGGUGAAAAAUCUAAAAAACAAGUUUUCUUUAGGGACUAUUUUGCAUCACAACACCCUGCAUAUACCCUUCCACCAUGAAUUAAGUUAAAAAUUUAGGCAAAAUCCUGUUUUCAAAACUCCCAUACAACAGUGUCUCAGACAUCAGGCAGUGUAUUCAUAACCAUUUCAUGUAAUAACUUUCUGUGAGGGGGCUUUUAGAGGUGGACGUCUUGUUCCUAUCACCACCACUGUGAACAAUUCUGACUUGGUAAGUUUCUCUAGAACAGAGCGUUUCACACCAAACCACUCUGAAUGACUCUGUUUACAUCUUAACCUUUGAAAUAUGCAGGAAUUUUGAAACAUCAUUGGAUUUCCUCUUUAAUAUGCAUGCAAAAUGGAAUUUAGACAGCCAAUCAGCAGUCUAGAUUUUGCAACAAGCAUGCUUAUUGGCUCACUGAUCCUGAUAAGACCGUUUGCUUCGGUAUUGAAGCGUGAUUUUGAAUGACUGAAGUAAAUCUGAUUUCAGUUAAACUCCUGCUCUUUUAACGUCCAGAAUACAAUCAGUAAUGACCAAAACAAGCUAGUUAGCGAAAUGCUAUUGUUAGCUAACAGAACUGUUUUUACGUUGUAAGAUGUAAUGUUUAUUUUUACUGCAUGUAAUGUGUUCUCCACAUACGCAAGACAUCAACAUGCUUAAUUUGAGUUCUUGGGGGACUUUUCCGUGCUUAACGUUACUCAGAAGCGCAUCAGCGCCCCCCUACAUUCAAGAGCCGUUGGAUUGCUUUAGAAAUUUCCACGCUAAUAAGUUGACAAUCUAACCACAAUUAGCCCAGAAUUUCUCACGGUUGUCCGCAGAUGUUCUUCUUACCCGGUCAAUUGGUCCUGCAAGCCAACGCACCAUAAGAUUAUUUAUAUUUAAUGCGCUAAAUGUGACGAAGAUUGGCCUGAAUUAUGUUGACAAUAGUAAGGUUUUAAAUUGACUGCAAUUCAUCAAAACACCCACAGAAAUUCAUCUGAAUGAUGUGAUUGGUCAGCGUUACCACAGCACAGAGUAAAAACAAUGUGAUUGGUUGGAGCGCUUAUUUUCAUAUUGCAUAUUCUCUGUGCAGUAUCGGUAUCACAAAGGCCAAUAUCUCAAUAACGAUUAACAAAUGAUAUAUAUUGUGCAGCCCUAUGAAACAGCUUCAGAUCAAAUCCAUACUGUCCCUCCUGAGUCAGAAGCGUGCGCCUAGUUUGCAGCAGCAGGACCCAAAACACACCGAAUCCGCCUUAAACAGCAUCACGCGAGUUUGUCCUGCUGCUGUGUGUGUUGCUGCUUUGCUCUGAUUCGUCCCUUUGCAGAGUCUCUGUCUUGUUUUACGAUGUCUUCAGCGUCCAUUCUUCUCUCUGGUGAUUGUUUGCGAUGGUGCUUCUGCAGAUGAGUCUCGUAAGCAGACGAUGUUUGAAUGAGAACUACACUUUUUUGUGUGUGUGUGUACAAUGUAACAAUGCAAAUCUAGUUUCUGUAAAUAUGUUUUCCAAGUUGUAAAAUAUUUAAAUAAAAAUAAUAUAGUAUUUAUACUUUAA